CUAAGAUUUUCUCAUGAAAGAGAUGUCGCUUCGUCUCUCCGGAAUCACCGGAGGCGAUGGAAAGCAGACAGGAGAGAGUGAAAUUCUCAGGAUUCCAGAGCCGACAGGAGUGAGCACCAACAAGAUCCGUACGAACCCCACACACCACAUCGCUACAUCUGGUCUCCUCCCUUCGAUCUGGAGAGAGAGACUGAAGAAAAUUAUCCGCAAAUCCAAUUCGCCCGAAAAAUGCCUAGAGCAUUGCAAGGCCAGAUCCGCCCAAAUUCUCGAUCAAUUCCCAGAAAAAGAGAAAGACUCAAGCGGCUGGGGGAAGGAAUCGAUCCCUUCGCCCGCCACUUCUCCGUGCGGCCCAGAGGAAAGCAAGGAUAAGGUGCCAGCCGAGGGCGCGGCCUCGGCCUCCUUGGUUGCCAUUGAAGGGGAGAAAGCUCCACGCCUCCUCAUAGUUCCUUCGACGGGAUCCCCGCUGGCGUCGGUCACCGCUUUGACGCCCACUUCUCAGCGCGUCCCUCUUCAAUGGGAGGCGGACCACUUGGGUAUUGUUGGCCAAUUGAUCGCCGAACUAAUUCAAGGGAGCGAUCAACGGAUUAUUGACCCGGGAGGACCUAUAAACCGAGCGCACGAUGCUGGGAAGAGCCACCAACCCUCUCCCUCAAGAGCGGAAGAUCUACACCCUAUUCCUGUGACCAUGCCUUCUGAAGACAGCGCACUGAUCUAUGUUGAUGCGGCCCACAAGCCGCUAACUGGAGAUUCAGCCGUUGGUGUUGUGGUACGCGACCAAUAUGGCGCCAUCAUCGCUGCCGUAUGCAAGACGAUUGAUCCAUGCCAGGACGCGGAGGAAGCUGAAGCUAGAGCGAUCCUCGCUGGCCUGCAGCUGGGAACCGAUAUUGGCCUCCAACAGCCAUUGUUGUUGUCUGACUGCGCCCCCGCUGUUAGUGCCUCAAGGAACCAGGGUCCUAACCUAUCGAAGCUCUGGAGUGUUUACAUGCAGAUUUCUUCUACUGCUUUGCAGUUGCCUGGGUGUGUCGUGCAAUAUACUAGGAGAAAGUUUAAUUCGGGUGCCCACAAUUUAGCUCAGCGAGCUAUUCGGUCUAGAACCUGUAACCUUUGGCUGGCUCCGGUCCCGGCUGUUAUCUCUGAUCUAGUCGGGGACAAUUCUGUAAACCGUGAAGGUGAGUAAUAUACGAGCUUUCCCCCUCAAAAAAAAAAAGGAAUAUAGAAAAACUGAGAGUUGCAGCUUCCGCACGACAUGAGCUGGGUACACGUCGGAGACAGACCCCGGACCCCACCGGACUUGUCGCGACUCCCUAGUCUAUUCUCCACAGGGCAAGUCUGCUCACCAUUGGCGGGCCCACAGUACCGAGGAUUCCAGCACCUCAAGUCCCCGACCACCGGGCCCCAUGACCACAACUUGCCCUGCCUGCGACGAGUGCCGACA